AUGCUUCCUCCAACGAGCUGGAUGACAUCGAAGCCGCUAAUAAUUGAUCUGUCUGCCCCCCACGGGAAAGCCGUCCCAAGUAUCAACAGUCUGAUUCCCCAUGAUGAUUUUUCGUUACACUAUCAUUCGGUAGAUGGCGCUGUACAAUUGAUAAAGGAGGCUGGCCCCCACUGUCAGCUGGCCAAAGCGGACAUCACUUCUGCGUUUAAAGUCAUGCCCCUGAACCCAGCCUUCUGGCACCUCUUCGGCGUUAGGUGGCAUGGGAAACUGUAUUUCGCUGUACGCCUCACCUUCGGCUGCCGUAGCAGCCCAAAGAUUUUUGACACGCUUUCGGAGUCACUGUGUUGGAUACUUCAAAAUAACUACGACAUUAAAUUACUCGUGCACCUGCUAGACGAUUUCUUAGUUGUCACCCCCACGUCUCAGCCUCCGGCCUCGGGUAUCACCACACUAUCUGAGGUAUUCAAAAAACUGGGAAUUCCCCUCUCCCCAGAGAAAACCGAAGGGCCGUCGACAAGGCUGGAAUUCCUCGGUAUCAUCUUAGAUACAGAAGAAUUUGCAAUGGCGCUUCCCAAAGAGAAGAAAGACAGAAUUUCCGUGAUUAUCGAAACCUUCCUUAUUGAGCCCUCCCACUCGAAACAGGAGCUCUUAUCUCUUUUAGGCCACCUAAAUUUCGCCAUGCGUGUGAUUCCCCAGGGUCGUCCUUUCAUAGCUCACCUACUCUCCGCAGCUUCGGCCGUUCCGUCGCUCUCUGACACUGUUCACAUCGACGCGCACGGUCUCGCGGACCUCAGGUUGUGGAAACUGUUUUUAGACGAAUGGAAUGGUUUAUGUUUGUUUUACAAUGACUGUGUUUUAUCUCCAGAAGACCUGCAACUGUUUACUGACGCAGCCCCUUCAGUGGGGUUCGGGGGAUACUACAACGGGCGCUGGUUCGCAUCCACCUGGCCCCAGGCGUUCCUAAGAGGAUGCGCAGACGCCCCAUCAUCGGCCGUGUUCGAGCUCUACCCCAUAGUCCUUGCGGCUAUAGUAUGGGGAAAGGAGUGGCGCACUAGAAGCGUUCUCAUCCAUAGCGAUAACGAGGCAGUCGUCAAUGCCAUCAACUCCACGCGCACCAAAUCUCAAACAGUCUCCCCGUACCUUAGGCGCCUAGUAUGGACCGCAGCUAGUUGCCAAUUCAUAAUUCGAGCCGCACACAUUCCCGGCCAUCACAAUCAGAUCGCUGACUCUCUCUCUCGUUUCCAAUUUCAGAAAUUCAGAUCCUUGGCACCAGAUGCGGACGCGCUCCCCACGCGCCUCCCGAGAUUUUCGGAGACCAUCUUCCCGUGA